CGCAUUCUUUCCAACCCCUCUUGAUCUCUUCGAUCCCACAGCCUGCAUGUCCGUCGGUAUCGGGAAUCCCCAUGCUAAUAUUGGAAAGGCAUAGCCUUUCCUGCAUUUUAUCCAUUCUACUAUUGAAUCCUGUGGAAUAAGGCAUACACAAAAUGCUUGGGGAGACUGAGGUUCGGGGACUCAGCAGUCAUCUGGGCGCUGUUGUGCGUGAAAACCAGCAGCACCAUGAAAACCUCCAGGAUCUUCUCGAGAAGUUCCAGGGACUAUUACAGAGCUAUAACGAGCUCAAGAGUGAUUAUGAGGAGGAGAAAGAGGCUCGAGAGAAGUAUAAAAGGCUAGCACGUGGUCAAGAACGUAACCCGUUCGCUUUGGUACUAGUGGAUGGUGAUGGCUAUAUUUUCAAAGAACAUCUUAUCAAGAAGGGUCCCGAGGGUGGAAUAGCCGCUGCUCGACUAUUGAGCGACACAAUCAAGGAAUUACUCCACGAACGACUGGGAUACCUAGGAGACCAAUGCCGUAUCAUGGUUCGGAUCUAUUCGAAUAUCCUAGGCCUUUCGAAGACGAUGGCCCGUGCUGGGCUUGUGGGGAACGAAGCCCGAUCGCUAUCACCGUUUGCCUCCAGCUUUACACGAGCGCAGGAGCUAUUCGAUUAUGUCGAUGCGGGCGAUAAGAAAGAAGGAGCGGAUUAUAAAAUCAGAGAAAUGUUCCGCCUGUUCGCAGACAACAACCAAUGCAAGCAUAUCUUCUUUGCCGGUUGUCAUGAUGCAGGGUAUCUGUCUCUAUUGACGCCAUAUCAAGGCAGUGCGGAUCGAAUUACCCUUUUGAGAUCCGGAUCGUUUCACCCGGAGUAUCAAUCACUAGGUCUACCCGUUAGAGAACUGCCGUCUGUUUUCAUGUCUACUCCAUUUGGUGGCACUCCGAGCAACCCGCCAUCACCAUCUAAGCCGGUUUGCAAGCAUUUCCAAAAGGGCAUUUGCAAAUACGGCAAUGAAUGCAGCAAGCUACACAUAAUGCCGAACCAACAAUUCUCUAAAAAUGUAGAGGAAACACACCAAGUUCCCCUUCGGGACCAGACGUACUAUGCCAAAAACCUCCCUGCUAUAAAUGCCAAAUCGGAGGAAUUUAUCGCCGUCAAUAAGGAUGGCGACCGUGUUGACACCUACUGCCCUCAGCCGCCGCAGGACGCAUGGGAGCUGUACAACCGACGAGCUAAGCGUCAUAAACUGUGUAACAAGUAUCAUCUAGGAGGCGAGUGUGGCGAUAUGGCGUGUGAAUACGAUCAUAGUCACAUUGAUGGCUCUGCCCUCAAUGUCAUGCGGUACAUUCUCCGUCAGCAUCCAUGUUCGCGAGGCGCGACUUGCCGCGCGAUCAAGUGCUAUCUCGGACAUAUCUGCCAAAAAGAUUUGUGCAAGGGAACAAAGCCGUGCAGAUUCCCCCGACAGGCGCAUACCCUUGAAUUGCGUGUUUCACAGUGGUUGACGCCCGUCGACCAACACGACAUCCAUGAGUCGCCGAUUAGUGAGAACUCGGUCAACUCGACAACAGAUCCUAACAAUACCUUUUCAUACUUGAUGAAGGGUAUUCUAGACUAGAUCAUCCCGAGCGAUUCAAUAAGCCGGGAUCUAUUCCAUUCAACCAAAAAUGAUUACACAAGGCAUAACUUUGUGUUUGAUAAUACACCCAACCGAUUUGUGUUUAUGGAAAACGGAAAAGAUUGGGAGAAGAUACAGAUUGAUGGAUUGACACUUGAUCAAUCUUUAAGAAUGGUUGGAACAUUCCACCAAAAGGCAAAACUGCGAGAUUUAUCUCCACGGCUAUUUCGGUUAUUUUAUUAUUACGAUUCUGUCUGGGAAGUUACUUGCCAUGUGGUCAUGGGAGUAACCUGCGGUGUCUAGAAGUACAUACAUACAAAAUUGAUGCCUUUUUUGGGAAUUGCAUAGUACAGAUCAGAUCCCCUAUCGACGGUAGGCUACGUCAUAACCAAUAUAUCCUAUUGAUUGGAUAUGUCUUCUCUAUUUCUCCUGAUGCUAUAAUUAGGCUAGGCAAAUAUGAUGUGGCCGAUUUUAAAUAAAACCAACAUCCC